UAAUUAAUUGAUUGCCGGCUAUAUACAGUCCACAUGAGUCGCCAUACAACAGUAAACCACCCCCAAAUCCCAAUCGCACGGAACCUUGACGGUUGACGCACACAUCCACAGUAGGAAAUGGCCGGAGGAGGCGAGCUGAAGCUGCUGGGCAUGUGGGCGAGCCCGUACGUGACGAGAGUGAAGUUGGCGCUCCACCUCAAAGGCCUCACCUACGAGUACGUCGAGGAAGACCUCGGCAACAAGAGCGAGCUCUUCCUUGCUUCCAAUCCGGUGCACAAGACGGUGCCCGUGCUCAUCCACAACGGCAAGCCCAUCUGCGAGUCGUUGACCAUCCUGCAGUACAUCGAUGAGGCCUUCGCCGGCACGGGCCCGUCCCUCCUCCCCGCCGACCCCUACGAGCGGGCCGUGGCCCGCUUCUGGGCCGCCUACGUGGAAGACAAGCUUCUGGCGCCGUGGAGGAUGGCGUUCCGGGUCAAGACGGACGAGGAGCGGGCCGAGUGGAUGAAGCAGACGGUGGCCGCGGUGGACACGCUGGAGGGCGGCCUGAGGGAGUGCUCCAAAGGGAAGCCCUUCUUUGGCGGCGACAGCAUCGGGCUGGUUGACGUGUUGUUGGGGGCAGUGUCUUCGUGGGUGCGCGGCGCCGAGCAGCUCUCCGGCCACGUGCUUUUCGACGCCGAGAAGGCGCCGCUGCUUGCAGCGUUGAUGGAGCGGUUCGGCGAGCUCGACGCUGCCCGGGAGGUUAUGCAGGACGUCGACAGCCUGGUCGAGUACGCCAAGAUGAUACUGGCGCGAGCUUCCGCCGCCGAGCCGCCGAGCAAGUUAGCAACUAGUGGUUAUAGCUGUCGAAAAGAAGAAGAAAAUAGUACUAGUCGGCACAAGCAGAGCACGGCAAUUGAUUGGGCAAUGGCGGAUGAAACCGGCACCAACGACGGAGCCGAAGGCAACAAGCCGGAGCUGACGCUGCUGGGCUACUGGUCGAGCCCGUUCGCGAUGCGCGCCCGCAUCGCGCUCAACCUGAAGCGCCUCCCGUACGAGUACAUCGAGGAGGUCGGCCUCUUCGACGGCAAGAGCGACCUCCUCCUCGCCUCCAACCCCGUCAAGAAAAAAAUCCCCGUGCUCAUCCACAACGGGAACCCCAUCCCGGAGUCGCAGAUCAUCGUGCAGUACCUCGACGAGGCCUUCCCAGACACCACCCCACGGUUCCUCCCCGACUCCGACAAACACGCGCGCGCCGCCGCCCGCUUCUGGGCCGCCUACGUCGACGACGUGCUGCUCGCCGCGUGGGGGCCGGUGUACGCCGGCCGGACCCGGGAGGAGAGGGCGGAGGCUGCACUUCGGGCCGUCGCCGCCAUGGAGACGCUCGAGCUGGCGUUCGUGGAGUGCUCCAAGGGCGAGGCCUUCUUCGGCGGGGACGGCGUGGGGCUCGUCGACAUCGUGCUUGGAGGCUUCCUCGGGUGGCUGGACUCGUCCGAGGCCAUGUGCGGCGUGAAGGUGGUCGACGCCGCGAAGACGCCGCUGCUGGCGGCAUGGGCGGAGCGGUUCCGCGCGCUCGACGGCGUGAGCGAGGUCAUACCGGGCGUGGAGAGGCUGGUGGAGUACAGCCUCAUGAGGCGGGCGCGCCUCGGGCUCCCGUUGCUGCCGCCGGUCGAGCUGGAGCAGCACCAGUAGAAAAUGGGGAAAAUGUGAAACGAAUAACUUCCAGGCGAAUAAACUACUCGGUGCGAGUAUCGCUGCUGCAUUUUCUUCUUGUUUUUCCUCGUCGAAUUCCCUGUCGACCUAUGUACCUUGGACAGCGUGGAGCCAUUUCAGUUUGACUCUAGUUCAGCUAUUCUUCUAUUUCGGCUUGAA